GGUUUGCCCACAGCGUUGACCCGUGUGCACAGCGCUCACGCACGCGCAUUUACUUGCACACCGCUGAUCGCGCUGUACCGUUAUUCCCGUUUUUCUGAGAGCGGCCGAGCUGACCCCGCGGUCCGGGAUGUCUGAGCUGCCCGCAGACAGCAGUGUCCCACCGAAGGGCGCGGCGAAUGAAAACGGCGACGUCCCGCAGGCGGAGGUAGGCGGCGGGAGGCGGGAGCCGGCCCCAGCGCAGCCUGUGGAGGCCAGGGACCGUCCGAUGGCGGCGGCCAGGGAAGGUCCAGUGGCGGAUGCCAGGGAAAGUCCGAUGGCGGCGGCCAGGGAAGCCCGGAUUGCAGAGGUUGCCCGAUUGUUGGCGGAGCCAGCAGAGGAAGAGGGUCCUGAGGGCAGACGCCGGUCCAGGCCCGGGAACAGCCCAGGCCUGGCUGCGUUGCCGAAUCUCCGCCUCCGUCACCCACUUGGUGUUUUAGGAAUUAAUUAUCAGCAGCUCCUCCGCCACUAUCUGGAACACUACCCGAUUGCUCCCGGCAGAAUUCAGGAGCUUGAAGGACGCCGCAGGAGAUUUGUGGAAGCCUGCAGAGCAAGGGAAGCAGCGUUUGAUGCCGAAUAUCAGCGGAAUCCUCAGAGGAUGGAUUUUGAUAUUUUAACAUUUAGUAUAACUCUGACUGCAUCUGAAAUUAUCAAUCCUCUGAUAGAAGAACUUGGUUGUGAUAAGUUUAUCGGUAGAGAAUAAUUUAGUGAUGAAACUACUUCAAGAACCUCUGCGUUCAGUACAGUCAUACCAAUACUGUAACUUGAUUUUAAAAAGUCAAAGUAUUUGAGAAUAAGGCAAGGCACAGUUGAAAAAGAAAAGGAAGCUUAUCAAGAAAAACCAUCAGAAAAGAAAUAGAAGAAAAUAAAAACCGUUAUGACUCCUCUAACGUCCUUUGAGUUUGUGAUUGAUCCGGAUUGUUUUCCCUGCGUUGUGGAAAUGUCUUUUAGAAUUGCUUCACUAAAGUGAAGAAUGGUUUUAUAUAAUUGAGACUUGAUGAAGAAAAACUGCCAAUAGAGCCCAUAGUGUAAGAUUGAUUUUGUGUUUUCUGAGGCAUUUCAAAUGAAAGGCAAAGUAAAUACUGUAUAUAUUACAUGAUAAAUUAUGUAUUCAAGACUAUUGGAAAUUUCUGGAUUUUUUCUUUCAUUCAAUUUUUAAUACUUUUUUGGUAAAUAAUCUAUUUAUAAGCCCCAAAAUAUAAAGUGUGCAAUGAAAAGUCUUCUAUCCCUUUCCCCCCGCGCACCCAGUACCUACCACAAUUCCCAUCUGUAACCACAGUACCUCUUCUGUCUUUUCAGUUUCCCUAUGUAUACACAAGCAAAUACAAAUCUGGGUGGGUUUUUUUGUUUUCAUUUCUUCACAAAAGUUGGCAAAUUAUAUUUAUUGAUUUAUGCAUUGCAUUUUCAGUAAGAACUUACCUUAAAGAUCCUUCCAAACCACUACAUUUCCUCAUUCUUUUUUAGAGCUGCAUUUUAUUCCAUUCUGUGGUUAUGUUGUAAUUUACUUAACCAGGAACAUACUGAUGGGCAUUUAGGUUUUUUCCCAUCGUUUUCUAUUGGCCAAAAAAGUUGCUAUAAUAGUUAAUCUUGUCUGUAUAUCCCAUGGCAUGGGCACAAAUACAGUAUUGCUCUGAUUCUAAAUGCACUUUUCAUAUAUUGACGUCUCUGAAAUUGGGGUGUGUCUUACAUUUGAUGUUGUAAUACAGCAUUUUCAUAAAAAUAAUGGUGCAUA